AUGCCCGUGCGAAGGAAUGGAUCGACGGCCUCUCCACAUCAUUCAUUCUCAUCCCCAUUCAGGUCGAACAACAGUUCAACACCAACACAAACACCAACACAGAGUCAAUCCAAUGGUAGUGGUGGUAUAGGGGGUACCAGUACUGGCAAUGGAAGUGGAUUUGGAAGAGAGAGUGUAAAUCAACAUUCAUUCGACACAAAUUCAAUCAACGACUCAAAUAGUAUAAUGAGAUCUGAAUUCCACAAUCCAGAACAGAAGAUUAUCAAUUCUUUGGUCGGUAGAAUAGUGAAUAAAUUACCAUGUAACUCAGGAAUCAGAUUAGCCAUAAUGGAAGUUGAUCCUUCCAUUCAAGCUACUAUCAGCUCGUUACUUCAACUGGCGAAAUUGAGAUUGUCUCUCAUUGUGCAAAGUAUAACAUCAGCUCUAGACACACUAUCAAAGUACUCCAGCUCUUCCUCGCUUACUGAAACAUCCCUUGAUAUCCUUCACUCUCAGAUGUACCUACUACACAUCUUAAACUUAUGUUUAUCGACCUCAUGGAGAACACACGCUCUAUCAUCUCCACCGCCUCAAACGGACAUACCUCGUUGUUGGCCAGAUCCCUAUCCUUUCGAAGAUGGACUAGCAAGGUAUCUCCUCAAUGUGAUUGUAAUUUACGGAAGAUUAGUGUUCGGUGACAGUGCUCAAGAUCAAAGAGCGAGUCCAGCUCCAAGUAAAGAUAUAAGAGGAUUAGGAAUUUCAUCGUCUUCGACAGAACCGUAUCGAUCAGUAUCAUCAAACACAAAUUCUUAUAACCUAGAUACGAGAUUUCUACAAGCGCAUUCAUAUCCCUCAUCAUCAUCAUCAGCAUCAGCAUCAGCAUCCUCGCACACGCAGAACGAGAUCACCAAACCCAAAUCCUUGUCCCCAACGUGUCCGACCUCUUCUGCUACAAUUUCUCAAAUAUCAAAAUACACGUCGAGAGUGAUUUUCUAUCUUUCGGCGUCAAAUUGGCAAUUGGUAUUAUCACGCUUAAAAAUUCGCAUAGCUUAUCUCCAAACCACGAUAGAAGAAUCACCAGAUAUAACUGAAAUAAGAUUGUUAGAAUGGUCAAAUCUGGACAGAAAUCGAUUAUCACAAACUCUACAAGAGAUAUCGAGCUCUUUCUUACAUGUGAAAAGACCCGCGCAAUUAGUCAUUGCAGCUUCCCUAAGACACGGUAUUUGGAAUUGGAUCAAAGCUCAUCCCAUGGAAUAUGAAAUGUUCAUUAUAGGAAAUAAGAAAAUGGAAGGUGGUGUCGACACUCUAUUUGACGCACUCUUCUCUUCAUCAGAUUCAGGAUUCACUUCGUCAAAUGCUAAAAAAACGAGAUCCUUCUACCCGCUAUGUAUCAUGCUCCUCUUACUCAUGCCUGACUUGUUCACCAAGUUAGUCGUGAGUGAACUAGCUUCCAGGACGUCUCCUACAGUUCACGCGGCUCUGAUCGAUAGAUUGAAGAAAGGUCUCAGUUCCAGUAAAGGCAUAGAAAUAUCGGCUGUGGUUCAUGUCGACAUGAUUAAAGCUGCCAUGGCGUUAUCUCCAAAAUAUGAAUCAUCGGGGGUGAGGAGUUUAGUACAUGAUAUUCGUGCUGAUACAAUGCAUGCUCUGUUCACCUCUUCCCUCUCUUCUGAAAUAGUCGACAAAGACAUCCUCGUUGAAGGGCUAGUCGCGCUAUAUAGAGCGGACCCAGCAGCCAUAAGCUCUUCUUUACUACCAAAGUUGCUCAACAGCACAAUUGAAUCGAAUAGACUUGUGGCGGUCAAAGCCUGUACGCUCAUAGCAGUAGAAGGGGAACGACUACCGUGGUUCGUACCUCUCUCGGAAUUGAGGAAUGCAGUCGGUCCCGCACUGCGUACGAUACUAAAGGCAUACGCACAAUCACUUCCCCGUCGACGCGUUGUUCCUGAGCUCCCUUCAGGUCAGACAGACCUCAUCAACGAGAUCCUUCAGCUUUACUCAUUAGAUGCAGCUUUCGCCACCGCCGGAGCCUCUUCUGAUCAAUCUCCUACUUCCAGCGAUAGUUUCUGUCAAUUCUUGCUCAACCUAUCUGCCUUGACUGUUAUCCCGAGUCCGGAUGUCUUGUCAAAUAUCGCUUCCAGAACAGCUUGCAUAUUGAUUGAUGACCUUGUAACUAGGAUGAAAAGUGACAAAGAAGUUGAAAGUCUAGCUGCAAGUGCAGGGGGUGCUAUCUGGCAGAUCCUUCUCGAUAUCGGCAGACAGACUCUGUUCGCUUUCCACAGCGAUGAUUCUGAUAAUGUCGCUAUAGCCAUGACUGCUUUACGGAAUACAAGCAUUGCCGUUCUGCGUCUAGCGGAGGAGAACACAUCGCUGCUGUUUCCUUCUUCAAUGGCUCAACCAGCUACCAUGGUCGCUUCAGUAGCUGGAUUUACCAUCUGCGUUGGACCAGACAGUGAACAGACAGCUCUCACCUUACCGAUGUUAUCUGUCUUUGGGAAACUCACCAGAUUAGCUCAUAUGUCAGCCAUCGGUCAACUGACACCGACCUCGAUGGGUCUUGUUCCUGAUAAACGAGCAAACGCUUUCGAUGCUCUGGCAAAUCUUCCAACAUCUAUAGGUCGUCAACAACAGCAACGACAGAUACGGCGAGCCCUCCGACCGAUAGCUGUGUCUACACCAUUCACUGUAGGCCUCUGGGUUGGUCUGUCUGCUGUGGCACAGAGAUUGACGUCCAAGAUCAUCGCUUCGGAAUCUGAUGCGACUAUGUCUUCUCGUGACUUGAGACGAAGAGCGUUGUCCGUUGACAUUGAUGGAUUAAACAACGACGAAUCCAAAGAAUGGCAGAACCUGAUCUCAUUUCUAUGUGCCUGUGUGACCGUUGCCAAUUAUGAUACACAAGCCCCUCCAAGUCUAUGCGAUAUUAUAGGCAGAGCCAUCUUGCCCCCAGCAUAUGAUCAACCUAUUCCAGAUCCCCGUGUCCCUGUGGAAGCGUUUGUGAAGCAAUGUGUGGAUCUGCUAGUGAGCAGCUCAGUGAAUGUGCGAGAAACCGUUAAGAAUGCUCUAGGAGCGGAAUUACCUACCAGUUGUUGCAGAAUGGUUGUAAGUCCUAUGGUAAAACUCAUCUCUCAUGCUAUCGGUCCAGCGGGAGUAAGCGUGUCUGAACCUUUCACAGUAUUCGCCGAGCAAGCUAUAUCGGUCCUCCGAAUGAUCGUAGAUAGAAUGGGACCCAACGAUGACGUCCCGACUGUGCAAGUAGAUUUAGGAGAUUUGUUAUAUCUCUUAGCGCAAUACAUACAUCGACUAGGUCGAGGAGAUAAUGCACUUCGACUGAAAUCGAGGUACUGUCAUCUGGUCGAGAUCUCGCUUGGCAAACCAGAUAACGUGGUCUUCUCGAAUAAUGCAAAAUUCAGAAAUGCUUUCUUGGACUGGAUGGGCGAAUGGUCUUUGGAAUCUAUGAGAGAUAACGAUAUGUAUGUCUCUGGAGUUGAAAGUACAAGUAAAUCUCAAAAGGAAUUAGAUCACGCUUGCCUUAAAGCGAUGGUCCCUUUGUCGGAAGGCUUGGUCCUAAAAAAUUCAGCUGAGGAUACAGACGAUUCUCAAGGCGUAGUCAAGUCGAGAUUAUUCUAUAAGCAUUAUCAUCAUCUAGUGAAAGUGAUCGAACGUUCGAAUUAUGAAGAGGCUGAGUCAUUUGGCUAUACAUCAUCCUUACAUGGUACCGGUACUGGCAAUGGUAAUAAUAAUAACAACAAAGAGUUCGGGCCGAACGAUAGUCCAACCCUGGCCAUUAUGGCUUUAUCAAAUCUACUUUCUUCAAACGUCGAUGUAGGCCUCAAACAUUGUCUAUCAUUGGGAUAUCACGAAGAUCCGACACUGCGGACUGCUUUCAUGCAAUUAAUCACGAAUACACUGCAACAAGGAACUAGGUUUAGUGGACUGUCUACGAAAAGGAUAUCCUCAACGACCAAAAGAUAUUUGGAUCUUCUGACAUCACCAAACCUGGCAAUGGCAAUUGCAAUGGUCGAUAUAUGUCCUCAAUCAGGUAAUGAAGUUGACGAACUUUCCACUCUCCUCUUCAGGGUAUUCGAAGGUAAAGGAGCGUUAUUGGGUUUAAUGAGAGCGUUGAUCGAAAGAGAAAUCGCUUUGACUAAUCACGAGUCCGAGCUGUUUAGGGCAAACUCUGUGACCAUGAGAAUGUUGACGAUUUUCGCCAAGACAUAUGGAUAUAAUUACGUCCGAGCAACUCUGCAGCCCCUUGUACUUUCGCUCGUCGAAAAGCCGGCAGAAUGUUCUUUCGAGCUUGAUCCAAGUAAAGCAUCGGGCACGGAGGAUAUCGAGCGAAAUGCGGAUCAUCUGAGAUUGAUGUGUCAAGCAUUAUUGGAUCUGAUAUGUUCUUCUACACCAAGAGUACCACUAUUGUUCAAGGCAUUAUGUCAUCACAUAUGGGAAAUAGUUGAAGAUCGAUUUCCUGAUUCAAGACAUUCAGCUAUUGGAUCUUUCAUCUUUUUGCGAUUCUUCUGCCCAGCGAUAGUUUCACCUGAAUCGAUAGAUCUUGACGUUAAUCCAGAUACCAGAGAAACUAGAAGAGCUUUAUUGUUAAUUACUAAAGUGAUUCAAAAUCUGGCUAAUAACGUGGUAUUCAAAGAACCUCAUAUGAAAGUGUUGAAUAACUUCUUAUCGGAAAAUAUCAGACAGGUUACGAAGUUCUUAUCGGAUAUCGCGAUUCGACCCAAGACAGCAGAUGUGCAACAGGCCACAAAGGCUUUCUCAGAUGAUGCGGAGAAAUACCAAGAUCUAGACGGCGAUGAUGCUAUCAUCCAACGAUUCGUCUAUAAAUACCAAUCAAAGCUAGAGACGUCCCUUUCCAAUAUGCCAAAACAUUUCCGACAUGCAGCAGUCACUAAAUCACCCAGAACCGAAUUUGAUGGAAAAGGAGCUUUAGAAAAUCUACGACAUAUCAUGAGCGAGUCUGGUCCACCUCCCACUACGACUGGGUUGAGUGCUUCUGCUAGAUCGCAAGUAUACGAUGAAUUCAUGCGACAUAACCAUGGGAGGAAUACGGAUAGUGUGGUCGAUGCUUUCUAUGAAGGGCCAGCCAGUCAAAACGGACGCCGUAUUUUUUACUUUAUCAUUUCUAGAGUAGCUUUAGUCGAUUACGAUGUUCUGGCCUAUCAUGUCUUCUCGAUCCUUGAUAAAGUGACAGACUUCUUUGACAUUGUCAUUGAUCUUACUGACUUCUCUGCGGCGAAUGAAUUGCCUUUACCCUGGCUCAAACGAUCACUACAAAUGUUUCCACCCGGUAUCCUCCCUAGUAUACAUACCUUGGCGAUAUACAAUCCCAAUUCAUAUGCUAAGAAACGUGUAAGAAGGCUUGUAUCCGAACUUUUGACGAUCACUCCUUCUGUCGGCAAAAAUGUCAUCGCUUGUAGCAGUCCAUCCGAACUCGCCGAGUCGAUCCCGUUCACCAGCCUUGCUCUGCCCGAAUAUACCAUGGCAUUAGCUUACGAAGCCGAUCACGUGUUCACCAACUUACUCUAUGUGGCAGAUCAUGAGAUGCAAGUCCCAGUGGUAGUUAAAUUAGGUCAUGAUUCGCUACAAAUCGCUUCCUGGAAGAAACAAGAACUCCUGUCUGGCAUGAGGUCAUAUGUUAUCGAUGUAGUUCGGCUUCAAGAUUUAGAUGAUAUUGUCGGCGGAACUGGUAUUCCCUCUGAUCAUCUAGUCAUUAAAUAUGGGCGGAAUGAUACCUUGGUCUUCGUCUCAAGGCGACGAAACGAGAUGGCUCAAAUCAUUCGAGCAGCAAAGGCCAGAUUACGUGAAGGGCCAAGCAAUGAGAGAGCGCUAGGUCCAAGUGAUGUUCCAGCCACUUUGCUCAAUGUUUCUUUACUUAAUUUAUCAUCAAGCGACAGUACACUGCGGAUGGGUGCAUAUAUCUUGUUGAAUGAGUUAUGUCAAUUCUUCAAAUAUGAUCUUGCUUCUCGCGUAUUGAACGUUUCUCUUGGGUUAUCAAUACCGAGUAAUUCCCUAUCAUUUGUCAUUGAUUUGUCUCGAGCAUUGGCAAAUUCCGUCCCCCACUUAACUCUAGAGUUCCUCAAAGAAUGGACGAUAGGAUUCAGUAAAGCAGAUACUCCGCUUAAGACUGCCUGUUUACUUUACGUUGGACCUUGGUUGUCAAAUCUGGAUCAAUUUAGUAAACCCACGAGAGAAGAUGGGAUGGAAAGUAUAAAGCAGGUCAAAGAGAUAGUAAGAGCUUUGAUUGGGAUUACUGUCGCUGAGCGAACGCGCCUUCACUUGGCUAUUCAAGAGCAAGUCUGGGCAAUCCUCACUCAUUCCCACGAGAGCUUGGCGGAGAUAGUCGUUUCUGAACUUAUACAUUGCGCCGUCGAUGCUGGAAUCGGCAGCGAUAAAGCCGAAUGUAUUGGAGACAUAUUGGUGUCGGUCUCUUCGACUGCUGUGAGGGGUAGAGUGAUCGCUCGACUGCGGAAGACCUUGGCGCAAACAUACCUUAAACCAUCAGCCCAUAUCACAGAAAACGCAGUAUGGCCUGAGAUCUGCUCUUUAUCCCGAACCGCUCUCAUCUUGGGUUUCAAUCCUUCUUCCGCCCUUGACACUCAGCUUUUCUUACCUGAAAUAUUCCACAUCAUUACGCUAUUGCUUGGGGCAGGUCCAGUUCUGAUGCGCCAGACAACCUACGGUCUACUAGUCAACACAAUCCAAUCAUUAGCCUCCAACCCCAGUUCCGGCAAUAUGGAUGCAUCGGCUCUUCAACACCUGUUGGGAAGAGUUCAACGACCUCAAAUUAUGGCUGCAUUCGGAUUGACUCAAGGACAAGGAAACAUCGAACUGUCUGGUCUUACCAUCAAAAAUGAGACGGAUAUUCAUUUGUUGGAAAGAAUUGAAGAGAUAUCCAGGUUCUUAGGCGAAGUUUUGACUGCUGGUGCGAUAUCUAUAGAUUGCGCCAACGCAUGGAGAGCUCGAUGGAUGGGUCUGGUUGCUGCAACUUGUUUCCAGCAUAACCCAGCGACGCAACCUCAAGCCUUCACUGUUCUAGGAUAUCUCGCAUCUGAUGAAGUCGACGAUGAUCUCGUUUAUCAGAUAUUAGUUGCUAUGAGCACUACUCUAUCGCAUUUCCAAGAAGUCGACAGUGUUUUACUUAUCAGUAUGCUUCGAUGUCUCAAUGGGAUCAUUGGAGGUCUUUUACCUGAUAGUCGAUAUGCUUCAAGUUUGUUCUGGCUAGCAAUAUCGGUCCUUCAACUUGGCUUUAUACCACUUUUUGCUCCAGCAUUAGAAUUGAUGAUUUCAUCUGUGCAAGCAGUCAGUGAAACUACUACUCAUACGAUAAUAAGGGGACAAGAAUUGAUGGGACACCUUUUGGAUACAAGAAGAAUCAUAAAUGAACAAGCUAAAAAAUUAGAUCAAGUUUCAGGUGUCUCUUUUGAAACAGAUAUCACUUUUGCGAUAGUAGCUAUCAUGUAUAAGGGAGUACGACAUCCUUCGACGAGAAAACUUACCAUUGAAAGCUUGAUUGAAUUACUCAAACUUUCGGCUGAACCAGCAAAAUCAAAUGGCGAAGAUGAAUUAUCAGUCUCAUCAGGAAGUAUAGCGUAUUUCGUUGCUCUUUUAUCGACGAUUGCUGUAUCAACGGAAGAGGUUAGAAAGGUGUUCCAAGCUGCUGGGUUAGAUAUUGACAAUGACAACACAAACUUGGCAAACGUUCCUGUAUUUGAUAUGUUAUCGAUACCGGAUAACUCGACUGCACUCUUACUGAUAAGUUUAGUGGUUGCGUUGCUGAAUGGAUCAGGUGGAUCAGAUAUAGAGAAAGUAGUGCUAUAUAGAUUGUUAGCGGAUGCGAGUUCUGAGAUGCCAGAAGUUGUAGCUAUGGCAUAUGAUGUUUUGAUACCAAGGAUAAUAUCAACUUUGACUACAACAUCAAAUUUAUCGAUCCUGAAAUCGACUUCAACAAUAUUGGAAAAAGCAUUAUCCGAUCCAAAUUAUUCGAUACCUUCACUAAAUGCAUUACCUACAACAGACAGUUCGACAUCAUUACAUCUUCACGGAAAAGGUGCUUAUGCAAGUAGUAUCUCAUCGAGUCCAAGUUUAGCUACCAACGGAGCGAGGGAACAGGUUUUGGAAGAAUUAGGGAUGAAGGGUUUGAGUGAAUUGGCUUUUGAGAAAGUUAAGCCUGAUAAAUUGGCAAUGAUGACCAAAUGGGUCGCCGGGUUGAUAGAGGGAUUCACAAUAUAG